AGGAGGCGCAGCGGCCGUUGACUCGUCUGGGUGGAGUAAAGUUUAGACGUCCAUUAUGACUAAUUAGGCCGGUGGGUUGAAAAAAAAAAGCCUUAUGGCCCAGUGAGGAAGGGGAAAAAAUAGCUUUGAAUUGUAUUUGUAGUAAACCGGUGGACAGAAGGCGGCCCGGUUCGGUUCUGAGAGGCGCUGCGGACAUGAGGGAUGUGAGUGAAGAGUCCCUGUUGGAUUAUUUCCACUCCACCGCAGGAAACUCGGGCAGAGUGAGAAACGCAGAUAUCCUGAAGACUUUUAAACCCUUCAUUGGCCACAGCGACCUGCAGCUCCGCGCUAAAUACAGAGAGGAAUUCAAGCUCAUCAUCGACCGAAUCGCUGUGGUGAAGUCAGAGAAUGGGGAGAAGUACCUCAUCCUCAAGAAAAAGUACAGGCACUUGCUGCAAGAGCGAGAUGCCAAACGGCACGGAUCAGACGCUGAUCAACCGCGACACGCCAGCCCAACCAGAACCACCGCUACCGCGGAGUGGGAGACGACGGACGGCCUGACACACCUUACACACCAACAGGACGAGCGGCGGGCAUCCGUGCAGCACCCUCAACAGGGAGGAGACCAACACAACGGGGAGGAUGAGCUCGGCUCCGAUUCUGGAUCAAAGUCCGAGUCGGAGCAUGACGAGGAGAGCACGGGCAGCAUGGGCUCCGCUUCUGUCGCACUGGAUCCUACAGAGAAAGAGUGGAUCUACUCUGCGGCCAGUGCUCGAGUCCCUGAACUCUUGAAGCUGCUCGUGCAGGACCCUUCUCUGGCAAACAAGAAGGACUUCACCUCGGGGACUGCUCUGCACUGGGCCGCCAAACAUGGCAACGAGGACAUGAUGACGUUGGUGGCUGACGCCGGAGCCGAUGUCAACUUGAAAUCACACGGGGGAUACACUCCUCUUCACAUUGCAGCGUUACACGGCCAUCAGCACAUUCUGGACCUGCUCAUAAAGACUUAUGGGGCAAAAGAAAACUUACGGGACUACAGUGGACAUCUUGCCUGUUAUUAUCUGAACAUCAAAGACCCAGAAGGUCCAGGAGACGACAGAGAGCUGCAGUUCCACGUAACCCAGGUGCGCGAGCGGAACAAAAACAGGAAGCUGGUGUCCUUGUUCCACUCCAAGAAGAAGUGGGGCUCAGCGGAGGAGCUGGCUCCCAUAGAGGAGGAGAGGACGGCACCGCAUCAGCUCCUCCUUCCCGCCUUCAGACCCAGGAAGUUCUCCCGCUGACGACUCGGUUCUACGUUUCCUUCUUAUAGUGUGACGAUGUUUGCCGUCACACAAACUGUACAGAAUUGUAGAAACAUCUUUACAUAGUGUGUAUCGGUAUUUUUGAAGCCUUAAUAGUUGGAAUGAAUGUUACCAAAAAUUACAAGCUCUUUAAGUCUCUUAAAGUCUUAAAGUCCUCCUAAACUAUUUUAGGCUAAAUUUCCAACUUGGAUACUAAAAAUAUUUGAUUUGGAUUCCUUGUGCAUCAAUUCUUGAACUAAAUCUGUUUCUAAAUUAGAGCAACAAAAAAAGGGCAUACUUUGGUCAUUUUUAAAGACACUAACAGCAUUUUAAACAAAUAAGUAGUAGAAACCACUUCAGUUUGCACGUGCUGGUGCAGUUUCCUACUAACUCAUAUUGCUGAAUGUGGUUUUGGACGUGGGAGGGGUCAACAGGAACGCCCGCUUCGCCACGUCAACUUAGUUGCCAAAACGUGCCAAGAGUUCGCAUUAAAUGUGUUGUUACUUCCUGUUAGUUUUACCAGCUUUUCUUUUCAGAAACAACUGUUUUAAUACUUCAACUAUUGUUCCAUCACUUUUAGAGCUAAAGUAAGCAACUUCCUAAUUGAAAAUAAAAAUAAAAGUAUACUUUUCGGAUGUUACUAAAACUGCAGUGAGCUCUAGCAAGUCUGGGGUGAGUUUCCUAUGGCAAAACCCCUAAAUAAAAUACAUUUGUGGACAGUUUGGAGAUGAAAUAAUAUAGGAAAAAGGCUUACAUUUUUUUAUCCGAUGUCCGGUUAUAGUGAGUUAAAUAUGCGUCUUUUUAAUGAAAUAUUUUUAAUUUAAACCUUUAUUUUGAAUUUUGAAUCAUUUAUGUGCCUGAACAGAAGUUACUGAUGUUGUGAGGGCAGCAGUUCUCCCAUUUGGGACAACCAAAAGAAAAAAAAGAAGCUAUCAUUCCCAGGAGUUUAAACAACACAGAAGACAUGUGAUAUUGGUCAAUUUUCUAGAACAUUUAACUUCAUUAGAAACUUUUCUUUGUUAUUUUUAUGAUUUUUUUUUCAGUCUAAUGAAAAGAAAAAAAACAUUUACCAGAAAUAGAUAUUCUACUUUCAGUUCAGUGCUUUGUUUUGUAACUUUAUGGUGUCAAAUGAACAAGGAAAGUUUAUUUUGUUUUUAAAAUUUGUAUUUUCCGUACUAUAGGGCACUCCGGAUUAUAAGAUGCCGUGUUUUUGAUUUGGACUUAUGUCACAUAUAAGACGCACUGAACUAUAAGACCCAUUAAGCGAGACAAAAGUCAGGGAUGAGUCCAUCAGUCAGACUUUAUAACUGCAUUAACAGUAACUCUAGAGCGCUCUAAGCGCUAUAUGUUAGCCAUAUUAACGUCCUUAAAAUACCCCUAACUCCCAACUUUGUUAGCAACCCAUAAAAAAACAGACUGAUGACGCUAAAACAAAUGUUACUGUGGCUAUGCUAAUAAAAGACUAUGUUUGCAAAACAUAAUAAAACAGUCUAACACCACUAUACGUUUGCAGCGUUAGCUUUCUUUUCUUUCUACAAAACACCCAACCUUGUUUACAACACGUUAGACAAACAAAUUCCACUAAAAUAAACGUUACUGGGAUUACGCUAACUCCCAACCUUGUUAGUAACAUGUUAAACAAAAUACCGUCCAACACUGCUACAUGCUAGCUAUGUUAGCGUAUUUACAAUAACACUCAACCUUGUUUGCAACUCGUAAAAAAAGACUGCCACUGCUAAAACAAAGGUUAUUGUGACUUCGCCGAUAAUCAACCAUGUUAUUAACAUGAAUAAAAGCAUAGUCAGACUUCGCAAUAUGUUAGCUGUGUUAGCAUAUUUACAAAACAUCCAACCUUGUUUGCAGCUCGUAAAAAAACAAUUGAUACCGCUUUAAAAAUGUUGCUAUGACUAAGCUAACUCUUAACUAUGUUCUUAACACAAAAAACUCACAAUCCAACUCUGCUACACAUUAGCCGUGUAAAUGUUUUUAUAAAACACCCAAUCUUGUUUGCAACUGGUAAAAAAACAGACAGACAUUUUAAAAGAGCGCCGUGUAAUUCUCAAAAUCGCUUCAACGUCAGUAAGAAAAGCCAGAAUUAAUCCAUAUAUUAAGCGCUCUGAUUCAUAAGGUGCACUGUCAUUUUUCGAAAAGAUUAAGGGUUUUUAUUUGUGCCUCAUAGUGCGGAAAAUACUGUAUUUUAUUAUGAAAGAGGUGGAAAUUACACUGCAAGUGACGUUUGCGUCAUGCAGUGUGACAAAAGAAAAACAGUCCCUUUCUUGUUUGUUUUUUAGCUGUGUCCCAUAAUCGUUGAGCUAAUUUUUGCUAAUGUUUUCAAAAAUAAAUUCAAAUAUUUUUUUCUAAAUCACAACUUUACAUUAAACUAGAAAUCCGCAAAAAACAAAAGGUUUGGUUUUUAAUAAAUUGGCUAUUUCACUCACAAGUUUCUUGGUUGAAGACAAAACGUUUUCCAUCUUAAGGCCGUGUCACACAGCCACUGCGUACACUUUGCCCAUAUUUCACAGAUGAAAAUUGGUCAUACGUGAAUAAACGUGGAAAAAGUGAGAAAAGUUGUGGCCUUUUCGUGAAAGUUUCACACAAAGAACACGUAAAUCAACGUAUAACAUGUACCGGUACCUUGUGUGAUUAUUGUGUGUUUUUACGCUAUUCAUUAGUGAUUCAUGAGUCAAUUAUGAAAUUUUAACAUUAUAUUUGCGCUGUAUAAGUCAUGCUAAAGUUAUACAUCGAUGGGUCAUCCUUAAAAAGUUCGUUAUACACACAUGGAACAGUCGUGGAAAGCCACAAAUUUGCAUAUGCAUCUCUCAAAAAUCACGCUCUAUUUAGAUUUACGUAACAAUUGCAUAUAAACUACGUAAAAUGCAUAAUUCUCAACUGAACAAAAGAUUUUGAACAACUUAAAACCGAAUUCACGUAAAGACCCGUCGGUCGAAUCCCUCGACAGACAUCUGCGCACAUCGACGAUUGACGCAAGAAACACUUCAGAAUUACUUUUAUUUACCACGAAAUACCAAAAUUUAUGUGGAAAAUACGCAAAAUGGCUCUGUGACACAGCCUGUAGCUUAAAAUCAUUGUUGUGACUUUAUUUGUUGUGGUGUUUUGAGUCCGCUGUUUAACUUAAUCUGCAUAUAAGUGUCAUAUUUGCACAGUAUUUAUAUACAACAAAGAUAUUUUGAAAUUAAACCUACUUUUGUAUGAAAGAAUA